UCCAAUACAGUGAUCAGUUGCAAUGGAAAGAGUUUUCGAAGUAGGAGCAGUUCCGUUCAAUCCCGACGGAUGGGGACCACCCGAAUCAACCACCGUCACCCCACUGAGUACCACCACCACACUCCCUCCCCACGUCCCCUUCGCUACUUUCUCCCGCUUCGAAAGGCUUGGCCGGAUCGCCGACUUUACCCGCAAUUUCCCAUCUUCAAAUGCCAACGCAUCGAACCGCCCUUCCUCUGGGAAGGCCGGAUCAGCCGACUCUCCCUUCGAUUUCUCUCUCGACCUCGACGCCUUCCCUCUCGCCAAUGACGACGGUUCCUCCUUUCGUUUAGUCGACGCCAAGCCUCCACCUCGUCCUAAGUUUGGCCCUAAGUGGCGUUUCAACCAACACCGACCUCAACUCCCCCAACGACGAGAUGAAGAAGUGGAGGCCCGCAAAAGAGAGGCUGAGAAGGAGCGAGCGCGCCGCGACCGUCUUUAUAAUCUCAACCGCUCCAAUCAAAACCAGCAACGUCGUGAAGCUGCGAUCUUCAAAUCCUCCGUUGAUAUCCAACCGGAAUGGAACAUGCUCGAACAAAUUCCCUUCUCAACAUUCUCCAAAUUAUCCUUUUCCGUCGCCGACCCCGAAGACUUACUUUUCUGCGGCGCUUUAGAGUAUUAUAAUAGGGCCUUUGAUCGAAUCACCCCUAAGAACGAACGUAGACUGGAGAGAUUCAAAAACAGAAACUUCUUUAAAGUUACCACGACUGACGAUCCGGUCAUCCGGAGAUUGGCCAAUGAGGAUAAAGCCACUGUUUUUGCGACUGAUACGAUUCUGGCAACGUUAAUGUGUGCACCCAGGUCUGUUUAUUCCUGGGAUAUUGUUGUUCAACGCGUUGGGAAUAAACUUUUUUUCGAUAAAAGAGAUGGGUCGCAAUUAGAUUUAUUGCCGGUCCACGAAACUUCUCAGGAGCCAUUACCCGAAGCUAAAGAUGAUAUCAACUCUGCUUAUUCGUUGAGUGUUGAAGCGGCCUAUAUAAACCAGAAUUUUUCACAGCAGGUUUUAGUUGGGGAUGGAAAUAAGGUGACUUUUGAUGAGCCGAACCCAUUUGCCAAUGAAGGUGAUGAGGUGGCUUCUGUGGCAUAUAGGUAUAGAAGGUGGAAGCUUGACAAUGAUAUGUAUUUAGUUGCAAGGUGUGAGGUUCAGAGUGUUGUUGAGAUUAAUAACAAAAACUCUUUCGUUACUUUGAACGCAUUGAACGAGUUUGAUCCCAAGUAUUCUGGUGUUGAUUGGAGGCAGAAGCUGGAGACGCAAAGGGGUGCAGUUUUGGCUACUGAGUUGAAGAAUAAUGCAAAUAAGUUGGCAAAAUGGACUUCUCAAGCGAUUUUAGCCAGUGCGGAUCUAAUGAAAUUGGGAUAUGUUACAAGAGUGCAUCCUAGGGAUCAUUUUAACCAUGUCAUAUUGGGUGUUGUUGGGUAUAAACCAAGAGAUUUUGCUUCACAAAUUAAUCUGAAUACUUCGAAUAUGUGGGCAAUCGUCAAAUCUAUUGUGGACUUGUGUAUGAAAUUGAAUGAGGGGAAAUAUGUGCUUGUUAAGGAUCCAGCCAAGCCUCAAGUGAGGAUUUAUGAGGUUCCGGCUGAUGCUUUUGAGAAUGAUUAUGUUGAGGAACCACUGCCCGAAGAUGAACAGGUUCAGCCACCAACCGAGGAUGCUGAAGGAGUGGAGGCAAAUGUGACCACAAAUAACAAUAAAGAGAUUGAGGCACAAACUUAAUGUUCAUAUCCAAAUUCUGGUAUAUAUGGUGAGCCACGAAUCAGGAGAUGCUUUUUUCACAAUAAAGUAGGUUUUGAAUAUCAAAGAUUU